GGCUGUGGGUGAGGGGCCGGCGGGAGGGCGGUCGUCCCCUGCCGUCCCCUCCCGCCCCUCCUCGUCCGGCAGCGGCAGGCGGCGGCGUGGCUCCCGGCCGAUAAAAUGGCGACACGGCGUAGGGGCUGCCGGUGCCAGAGGGCUCGGUGCUUGGCCCCGGGCUCUUACCACGGGAGGCGGUGGCGCAGGGGAAGGGACCCGUGGGGGUCGGCACCGCCGUGCGCGCAGGGCGGCUGUUAGAGAAGGCGGCGUCCAGGCGAGGGGAUCAUUAGCAAUAACCAAUGGGACACAAAGCUUGAGAUCAUUUUGAGGUACCUGUCUGCUGAAGAUGAUGCAUAGGUUUUGCUGAUCGGGCAGGCCUGGGCAGCUUCUGAAAACUGGAUUCUCUUGUUUGAAGAAAUGACUGACUGCUCAUCUUUGAAGAAAAAAUUAGUCUAGAUGCAGUAAACUGGAAGAAAUGGAAGAAAGGAAAAUUAAGAGGAGGAGCCCAAAAUCAUCUACCAGUCACCCUGCUCAGGUUGCUAACUCCAAGAAAAGCUCAGUGCCAGUCAGUAAAAGUACAGCUUUUUCAAAUCCUGCACCACAGCCUGCAGUACAAAAAACAAAGUUAAAACGCGUGAUAAAAGAGAAAGCCAAACCUCCAGGUGAAGCAAAAGGGGCACAGGCAGCUCCAAUCCAGCAUUCUUUUCUCACAGAUGUAUCAGAUGUUCAGGAAAUGGAAAGGGGACUUCUGAGUCUCCUGAAUGACUUCCACUCUGGCAAACUCCAAGCAUUUGGAAAUGAAUGUUCCAUUGAGCAGAUGGAGCAUGUGAGGAGCAUGCAGGAGAAACUUGCUCGCCUCAAUCUGGAGCUCUAUGGGGAGAUGGAAGAACUCCCUGAAGAUAAAAGAAAACUGGCCAGUGACUCCAACCUGGACAGGCUGCUGUCAGAUCUAGAAGAACUGAAUUCAUCUAUCCAAAAACUACAUUUAGCAGAUGCUCAAGAUAUUCCACCAAAUAGUGCCACAGGCUGAAAGCACAGCUUUGUCAGUUUGGAUUCUCCCAGAAGCUUUUCUUUUGUUUUUUUCCCUGCCACUGGAAUCUGGAACAGUUGUGGGUUUGUGAUUGUUGGGUUGGGUUUUCUAAUUUUACACAAUGAAGAAUCAAAGUGCAAAUGCAA